AUCCAAUACAUAAAAAAAAUUAGAAAUUCAAGAGAAAUGAUGUACUAAAAGUGUCUAAAAACGAAGAUAUAUCAGAAAAGUGUGUUGUCAAAAUCGGUAGACAAAAGUACGGCGCAUCAGAUGGUGUAAAAAACACAGCAUAUUAGAUAUCAAGAUAUAGAGCUAUCCUUCAAAAGUGUGUUUUCCGUUUUUGAGCUAUAACGUACAUUUUUAAUAGUACUUUUCCAAAUACAACACUUUGAGUGUGUCUCAUAGACCUAGAGAAACAGUUUUUAAUAAGACAUGUUAUGUCUACAAUGCCUCUGUCGCUUGAAGAUUUCUUCAGGGGGAUCGUAAGUAUUCUUUAGUCUGACUGAUGACUUGAUCAAUCCACGAAUGAAAGUCAUUCAAGACUCCCAUAUGGGUUCUGCUCAUUUCCCUGUAUCUCUCUCGUUUUUAUGUGCCCAAACUCCUAUUGGUCAAGCCAAUCAUCCUAGACUCCUAUGGAAAUCGGCUAAACUACAACAGCUUCCAGUUCGUCAGCUGUAUCAAGAUUUGUUUGCUGUUAAGGCUUUGCCGCUGCUUGCUGACUUUCGUGACUCUACUCAGGACCCAUAAU